AUGUCAUUAACAACUGCUGCUCCAUUGCUAGCGUUAUUAAAAGAAAAGGAUGCGGAAGUUAAAGCUUAUGCAUUACAGAGCAUCAAUGAAGGUGUAGACCAAUUUUGGUCAGAGGUUUCCAACGAUCUUCCUGAAAUUGAAGCUCUUUAUGAUGACAAUGGUUUCCAAGAUAGAAAGAUGGCUGCACUGAUUGCAUCAAAAGUUUACUACAAUUUAGGUGAAUAUGAAUCGGCAGUUAAGUAUGCAUUGGCUGCUGAGGAGAAGUUCGAUAUUGAUGAAAAGACACAAUAUGUCGAAACCAUUGUCUCCAAGAGCAUUGAGAUGUAUAUCAAACUCGCCACAGAAAUUUACAACAAGAGUGGUGAGCAAGUCAAUUUGGACCCAAAAUUAACUAUUGUGUUUGAGAAGAUGAUGACUAAGUGUACUCAAGCGAAUGAAUACAAGCUGGCUUUAGGUAUAGCUCUUGAGGCCUUUCGCUUAGAUGUCGUUAAAAGUAUAUUACAGGAGAGAUUAGGUGAAGAUCAAGAAGGUGGCUCAAUGAAAUUGAUGAGCUAUGUUCUGACAGCAGCUACAACUACUGUUUUUAACUCGAAAUUCAAAGAUGAAAUCCUCAGAUUACUAUUUGAUCUAUUGAUGCCAUUAAAGAAUGCUGACUACUUCAUAACAUCCAAAGUAGUCGUAAACCUAAAUGACCCUGAGUUGGCUACACAACUUUUUGAAAAAUUACAUGAUGAGGAACAAAUUGAAGUAUCAUAUCAAAUUGCCUUUGACCUUGUGUCUUCCGCAUCCCAACAUCUUUUGGAGAAACUACAUCAUAAUUUGAGCGAAAGAAGUUAUGAUUCUGGCCUUCUAGAAAUUCUGACUGGUAUACCGACUUGUGAUUACUACAAUACUUUCUUAUUAAAUAAGAAAAAUAUUGAUAUCAGUUUGUUGAAUAAAUCCAAAUCAUCCCUUGACGGUAAAUUCUCAUUAUUCCACACUGCUGUCAGCGUUUCUAAUGGUUACAUGCAUGCUGGUACAACUGACAACUCUUUCAUAAAAGCAAACUUAUCUUGGUUGGGAAAAGCACAGAACUGGGCUAAGUUUUCAGCCACUGCUUCACUCGGUGUUAUUCACAAAGGUAACUUAAUUGAUGGUAAGAAGGUUAUGGCUCCAUAUUUGCCAGGUAGUCGUUCAUCUUCCAGAUUUAUCAAGGGUGGAUCUCUGUAUGGUCUAGGCCUAAUUUACGCUGGUUUUGGUAGAGAUAUCGUCGACUACCUGAAAACUCAUCUUAUUGAGAAUAGUGGUACCACUGGAGAUGAAGAUGUUGAUGUUCUACUUCAUGGUGCUUCGUUAGGUGUCGGUCUGGCUGCUAUGGGAACAGCUAAUAAUGAAGUUUACGAGGCUCUAAAAGACGUGCUAUAUAACGAUGUUGCAACAUCUGGUGAAGCUGCCGCAUUUGGUAUUGGUUUAACCUUGUUGGGAACUGGUGAUGAAACUGCCAUCAAUGAUCUAUUCACUUAUGCACAAGAGACUUCUCAUGGUAACAUUACUAGAGGUUUAUCCAUGGCUCUUGCUUUGAUAAACUAUGGCCGUCAAGAACAAGCGGAUGAACUCAUUGAUAAGAUGCUUGCUAGUGAAAACAGCUUAAUUAGAUAUGGUGGUGCGUUCUCGAUUGCACUUGCAUAUGUCGGAACUGGUAACAAUAAGGUAGUGAAGAAACUGUUACAUCUUGCAGUUUCUGAUUCUAACGAUGAUGUCAGAAGAGCUGCAGUCACUGCAUUAGGCUUUGUCUUACUGCGUGAUUAUACAACUGUUCCAAGAAUCGUGCAACUUUUAGCCGAAUCACAUAAUGCUCAUGACAGAUGCGGUGCAGCUUUUGCAUUGGGUAUUGCAUGUGCAGGAAAAGGUCUACAGGCGGCAAUCGAUGUCUUAGAACCAAUGACAAAGGAUCCAGCUGAUUUUGUGCGUCAAGCGGCCAUGAUAUCUCUAUCAUUGGUUAUGAUACAACAGACUGAAAAGAUGAAUCCUAAAGUUGCUUCCAUAAACUCUCACUUUUUGAGUGUGAUAACCAACAAGCACCAAGAAGGUCUAGCUAAGUUUGGUGCUUGCGUCGCUCUUGGUAUCAUGAAUGCAGGUGGACGUAACGUUACAAUUCAACUCGAGAAUGCUGAAACUGGUACUCUCGAUACUAAGUCAGUCGUUGGUCUUGCCAUGUUUACUCAAUUCUGGUAUUGGUUCCCAAUGGCGCACUUCUUAUCUCUCUCCUUUACUCCAACAACAAUAGUUGGUGUGCGUGGGUCAGACUUAAAUAUUCCUAAAUUCGACAUGAAUUGUUACGCUAGAGAGGAUGUCUUCUCCUAUCCAAAGAUGUUUGAGGAAUCUGCCGAUAAAGAAGUCGAGAAAGUUGCCACUGCCAUUCUAUCUACAACAGCAAGGGCCAAGGCGAGAGCCAAGAAGACUAAAAAAGAGAAGGAUACCAAUGAAGAUGACAAGAAAAAGAAGGAAAAAGAUUUGAAGAAGGAAGAAACCAAGAAGGAUGAUGCUAAGAAGGAAUCAGAAGCAGAAGAAGACUUCAACAAGAAUAGAUACUCCUCAAAGCCUUACAAGAUCGAAAACAUGUCUAGGGUACUACCACAGCAGCUGAAAUACGUGCAAUUCAUCAAGGAAGAGAGAUUUACACCUGUACGCAAAUUUAAAGGUACCAACGGAGUUGUGGUUUUAAAGGACAACAAACCAUCCGAACCCGCAAGCAUAAUAGAAACAGUAAGGCAAAGCAAAGACGUAAAUGCUCCUUUACCAACCCCAUUUAAGGUCACGGAAGAAUUAGACUUCGAGAAGAUAUAG